AUGAGUGAUUAUAAUAAACUUAAGUAAUACAAAUUAACAAAGCCAGAAACCUUUUCAUUAUCAUUUUAUGAUGCAUUUAAAGAAUAUUAAGAGUGGAUUAAUAAUGCUAAUAAUCCUUAGAGAUAACCAAGAAAAUCUCAUAAAUGGCAUUCCAAUAUUACAGAUUAUUUUAAUUAUGGUUUUAAUGAGCACACUAUGUAAAUUUAUGUGCAUAAAAUUACUUAAUUAACUGAAGCAUAUAGAAAAUAGAGACUAUAAUAUGCUGAGAAAUGUGAUAAUUCUAAAGACACAAUAUUUAAUUCAGCUUAGGAAAUUAAACGACAAACCAAAGAUGUAUAUCCAAUUGAUUUAGGUGGAAUAUUUAUACCUGUUGAUGAUAAAGUCGUUGAUUUUGGUUUUAAAUUUUAAGUUGAAAAUUUAUAUGAAUAAUAUAAUAAUUAAUCUAGCAAUGAAAAAUUGUUGUAAAAUUAGUAUCAUUGCACUGGUGAAGCCUUAAUAUUUAAAUCUAAGUUUAUUUCUGAUAUUUUUAGAAAAUAAGUAAAGGAUAUUUAAGAUCUCUAUAAAUAAUAUAAGAAAGAACAUUAAAGAGAUUUAUAUCUCUUGAAUACUGCUGUUAAAGUGUUUCCAAUAUAAAAAGAAGAUGAAUUGUCUGUUUAAUUGGCAUAUUUUGUAAAAUAAAUAGCUAUUACCUGUGAAAAACCAGAUAAAUUUGAUAAGAUAGAUAAACAUGAUAGACAUGAAAGAUCAAGAACACCUAAAAAAAAUAGAUCUAAAAAAUAUUGA